AUGGCACGAUUCAGUGGAGCAAAUCACAAGGAAUUAAUCAACCAUCUUCGUGACACUGGCAGUAUAAAAACUGAUCGUAUUUAUGACGCCAUGAUGGCAGUUGAAAGAGGAGAUUUCACAAAGAGCAACCCGUGCACGGAUGCACCUCAGAGCGUUGGUUAUUCAACAACAAUAAGCGCUCCACACAUGCAUGCCCAUGCUCUGGAAUUACUAUCAGACAAGUUACAGGAAGGCAGUCGAGCUUUAGAUGUUGGAUCUGGUACUGGUUACCUUACAGUGUGUAUGGCUCUCAUGUGCGGAGAGAGUGGUAAAGCUGUGGGUAUUGAUCAUAUACAAGAAUUAGUGGAAUCAUCGGUGAAGAAUGUGAAGAAACAACAUUAUGAUCUGUUGACGUCGGGAAGAGUGAUACUAAUAAAUGGUGAAGGCAGAGACGGAUACGCUGAAGAAGGUCCGUAUGAUGCAAUACAUGUCGGAGCAGCACCUGACGUAGUUCCCCAGGCUUUACUUGAUCAGUUAAAACCUGGCGGACGUCUAGUUCUUCCCGUUGGUCCCAGGGGAGGCAAACAAGUGUUGCAGCGGCAUGACAAAUCCCCAAAUGGGAAGCUUGUAAAAACAGAGCUAAUGAAUGUCAUAUACGGAUCACUGACUAGCGUGGAUAACCAGUGUCCUGAUUUAUGGAAAUGA